GAAGGAAAAAAGAAGCUAAUGGUUCGAUAAUCUCUUUAACCUCUUACGCUCUCUAUCUCUCUCCACUCUAGUCUUCAUCCAAAUCCCAAAAAGAUAAAAUAAAACCUAUUGAUGUCUCUUCAACGACCCAAUGAGAACUCGAGUUCUUCUCCUUCUUCCCCUAAGCACAAAACUGAGGAGAGUGAGGAGGAGUUGUUGAUGGUUCCAGAUAUGGAAGCAGCUGGAUCAACAGGAGUUGUAAGCAGCAGUGCCGACGACGGAGCCAACAAUCAAGAGAUUGACCAGACACAUAAUGGAACCUCAAACGCCAAGCGCCCUCGUGGACGAACCCCAGCCGAUAAAGAAUACAGGAGCCUCAAGAGAUUGUUGAGGAAUAGAGUAUCUGCUCAACAAGCGAGGGAGAGGAAGAAAGUGUAUGUGAGUGAUUUGGAAUCAAGAGCUAAUGAGUUGCAGAACAACAAUGAUGAACUUGAGGAGAAGAUCUCUACUUUGAUGAACGAGAACACAAUGCUUCGCAAAAUGCUUAUUAACUCUAGGCCUAAAGCCGAUGAAAAUCACUGAGAAGAGAGACCCUUUACUUAAUCCAAUGUUGUGUUGAUUCUCAAAUCUUCUCCAAACAAUCCAAUCAAGCAUAAUAUAGCAAACAUUUUUUUAGUUCA